AUGGAUCAAAAUGCUGAUCAGCCAAGGCAGGAGAGACCCAGUGUUCGCCUGGAAAAGCUACAGCACUGGGCAAGACACAGUCAAAGUGGACGCCUACUGCUGCUGGCGGUGAGCCAAGUGUGGCUGGCAAUAGCUAUAGUCCCCUUUACUAUCUCAGUUUCCUGCUUGACCUCUGCCUGUCACCUGGCCACAGCACUGCCACUUUGGCCUGGAGCCUCGGGUCUCCUCACUGGCAUUAUCACCCUUGAACUCCGAAGAGCACCUUGCAUCUGGAAGGUGCGGGCCAUGAUGAUAUCCAACACCUUCAACCUGAUCUUGGGCUUCGUUGCCGUGGUGAUAGAGGUGAUGAAGACAGCCUUGGGAACUGCCUCUAUGGACUCCUCCCAGUCGACAGGGUUGCUGGUGCUGGAGCUGAGUGCCGAGGCCUUCACCCUAGCGGGAGUGCUGCUCUCCACAUAUGCCCUGUUCUUGCUGAGCCAGAGGAAGCCUGGAUACUUCAAGAGGUCAAGGCUGCAGUACCGGGAGCUACAGGAGGGCCUCUCUGAGGUGGAGGAGUUUUCUGGUUUGGAGAAUGGUCCCGUGGUGGCUAGCACAGGAAAUAGGACGGAUGAGUGA